CGAAAACUUCCACCAUUCACACAUGGCGGAUCAAAUUUGUCCAGAAAAGUUUUGAUGGAUGUAUAUGAAGAGGACCAAGCAAUACAUAAGCAAUCUGCAGAUGAUAGAGCAAGACUACCACUGGUGUCCACCGAGAACAAGAAUGGAGUCACUCGUUCGAGGUACAGGUCGUCUUCCCCCACGAAACACUGGACACCAUCAACCUCAACUCAUGCAACAUCAGCAAAGAGGGCUAUAUCAGCUGAAAGGAAUCGCCCCUCUAGACCAUCAUCACCUCGAUCUCCAUCAACCCCAAUUCAGGAUACAUCUGCAGGAUUGUUGUUGGCACCAAGAAAGGUAGCCGGCAACAAGAUGCCAGAGGCCUUAUGGCCUUCAACAACGCGGAGCCCGAAUGUUUCUUUACAGCCUGAUACAUUUUUUAGUCCUGUAAGAAAGAAAGAAAAACCGGUUUCUUAUAUUCCAGAAAGGAAGCAAACUCCACUUGAAGGUAAGAGUUCUGCUUAUCAAUCUGAGAAUUCUAAACCUGUUGAUAGUUUGUAUCCGCGUAUGGUGGACCAACAUCGAUGGCCAAGCACAACUGCCGGGAAAGUGUACACAAGUAAUGACAUGUUUGAUAAGCAAAGCCUGGAUAAGAUCACUGUUUCAAGUAAAAGUAUUGAACUGGCUAAUAAGACAAUCGAAGCUUCACCUUCAUCCCGUUCAGAAACAGGCACCGUUAUUCUUACUAGAGGUGUUGAUGUUGCUGAUAAGACCAGCAAAACUUCAUCUUUAUUUCGUCCGGAAACAGGUUCACCUUCCCUCGAGAGACUAUCCCUGGACGGAACAUCUGAUCAUAACAGAAGUAUCGAUGUGGCUGACAAGACAAGCAGCCCCUCAUCUUUAUCCUCUUAUGGAACAGGUACACCUUCCCAUAGAAGACUAUCUCAGGAUGUCAGUGCGGUGCUGAACAGAGGUAUUGAAUAUCAAGAUAAGAAAAACAAAACUUCAUUGUCUCCCACUUUGGGAAGAGGUACAUCUACUCAUUCAAUUAGGAGAAUACCUCUGGAUGGCAGCCAUGUUCCAAAUCAAAGUAUAAAUUUGGUUGGUAGGAGUAGAACUACAAAAACUUUAUCUUCAACUUGUACAGAAACAGGUACACCUUCUCCUAAGAUAGUAUCUCUGGAUGAGAAAAGUGAACUUAUGGUCAAAUCUACUAAUGAUUUGCUAGUAUCUUGUGAUGAGAAUGGAAGAGCAUUGGUUAAUGAGUGCUCAGUUGAUGAUUGUUCUACACCAAUUGCAAGGUCUGAUUCUGCAAGUUCAUCAGAUAGAACACAGAUGUCAAAUUCUGCCAUGAAACAUAUGGCUGCUCCAGCUCUUGGAUUGCUAUCUACUGUGUCUAAAUGGAUCAUUCCCACUCGAGGAAAGGCUGUCAAUUCCUCUGGAGGAUCCAGCCCUGCUCGGAAAAGACCAUCCAGCCCUGCUCGGAAAAGACCAUCCAGCCCCUCUUGGAUAAGACCAUCCAGCCCCACCAGGAAACUUCCGAGUGCAGCUUCAGUUUUUAGUUUUCUUACAGAUAUCAAACAUGGAAAGAAGGCUAAGCACAUUGAAGAUGUCCAUAACUUGCGCCUUUUAUACAAUAGACUCUUGCAAUGGCGAUAUGCAAAUGCUCGGAGUGAUGAUGCAUUGCAUUCUCAGAAAGUAAAAACGGAGAAAGUGUUGUCCAGUGUGUGGAUGGAAAUAGUUGCUGUUUGGGACUCAAUAAUAGAGAAAAAGAUUGAGAUUCAGCAAUUGAAGCUCAAGUUGAAGCUUUACACAAUUUUGGACAAUCAAAUUUGUGGACUUGAAGAGUGGAAAUCAACUGAAAUGGAUCAUAUUAGCUCAUUAAGUUGGGCCAUAGAGGAUCUACAAGCUGGCACAGUUCUUGUUCCGGUCAUAAGAGGAGCAAGGGGUAGCAUUCAAAAAAUUAAGGAGGCUGUAAGCUUGGCUGUUGAUGUGAUGCAGGCAAUGGGGUCCUCCUUACGUUCCGUUCUCUUGAAGGUUAAUAGGAUGCACUCCUUGGCAUCUGACCUUGCUGAUGUAGUAACAGAGGGAAGAGCUAUCUUUGAUGAAUAUGAAUCAUUGUUGAUCUUCAUAACUGAAUUACAGGUGGAAGAAUCCAGCCUUAGGAGCCAUUUACUACAGAUGAAACAAGCUCGGAGCAACGUUGAAACAUCGAUAUAUGGGUAUUAAAACAGCUCUAAAGCUCUUGCAUACAAGAAUAGCUAUGUAAGGACUUGAGCUAUUGUUAUAUGAGUGUUUUUUGUGCUCAUAUUCUUGCCUUGCUUAAGUGUUAUAGGUAGGUUAGAAAAAUUUAAUUACGUUUAUUCUUUUGUGUAGUUUGUACUGUGUUUACCUCCCUAAAACAAACCAAAGGGAAAAUUGAUACACAAAGUUGAAACAUACAAGGAAAAUUA